CAGGAAAAUGGCUGCGAGUUCUUCGGUAGUCUCGGUGGCAGCCGCCGCCGCGGCACCUCCGGGCGCGUCCGCCGGCGCGGAUUUCUCCGACUUGCGGGAAAUAAAAAAGCAGCUGCUGCUCAUCGCGGGCCUCACUCGGGAGCGGGGCCUUCUCCACAGCAGCAAAUGGUCCGCGGAGUUGGCCUUCUCCCUGCCCGCCUUGCCGCUGUCCGAGCUGCAGCCGCCGCCGCCCCUCACAGAGGAAGAUGCACAGGACGUGGACGCUUACACCCUGGCAAAGGCCUACUUUGAUGUUAAAGAGUAUGACCGGGCAGCGCAUUUCCUGCAGGGCUGCAAUAGCAAGAAAGCCUAUUUCCUGUACAUGUACUCCAGAUACCUGUCUGGAGAGAAAAAGAAGGAUGAUGAGACAGUUGAUAGCCUAGGACCCCUAGAAAAAGGACAGGUGAAAAAUGAGGCUCUCAGAGAACUGAGAGUUGAGCUCAGCAGGAAGCACCAAGCGCGGGGACUCGAUGGAUUUGGCCUUUACCUGUACGGGGUGGUGCUUCGGAAGCUGGACUUGGUGAAGGAGGCCAUUGACGUGUUUGUGGAGGCUGCUCAUGUUUUGCCUUUGCACUGGGGAGCCUGGUUGGAGCUUUGUAACCUGAUCACAGACAAAGAGAUGCUAAAGUUCCUGUCUUUGCCCGACACGUGGAUGAAGGAGUUCUUCUUGGCUCAUAUAUACACAGAACUGCAGCUGAUAGAGGAGGCCCUGCAGAAGUAUCAGCACCUCAUUGAUGUGGGCUUUUCCAAGAGCUCUUACAUUGUUUCCCAAAUCGCAGUUGCCUAUCACAAUAUCAGAGAUAUCGACAAAGCCCUUUCUAUUUUUAAUGAGCUGAGGAAACAAGAUCCUUACAGGAUUGAAAAUAUGGACACAUUCUCCAAUCUUCUUUAUGUCAGGAGCAUGAAGUCCGAGUUGAGUUAUCUGGCGCAUAACCUUUGUGAGAUUGAUAAAUACCGAGUGGAAACGUGUUGUGUGAUUGGCAAUUAUUACAGUUUGCGCUCCCAGCAUGAGAAAGCAGCCUUAUAUUUUCAGAGAGCUCUAAAAUUGAACCCUCGCUAUCUUGGGGCUUGGACACUAAUGGGGCAUGAGUACAUGGAAAUGAAAAACACAUCUGCUGCUAUUCAAGCUUACCGACAUGCCAUUGAGGUCAACAAGAGAGACUACAGAGCUUGGUACGGCCUUGGGCAGACCUAUGAAAUCUUGAAGAUGCCAUUUUAUUGCCUUUAUUAUUAUAGACGAGCCCACCAGCUUCGUCCCAAUGAUUCUCGUAUGCUGGUUGCCUUAGGAGAAUGUUAUGAGAAACUCAAUCAACUAGUGGAAGCCAAAAAGUGUUAUUGGAGGGCAUACGCAGUGGGAGAUGUGGAGAAAAUGGCUCUCGUGAAGCUGGCAAAGCUUCAUGAACAGUUGACUGAGUCAGAGCAGGCUGCCCAGUGUUACAUCAAAUACAUCCAAGAUAUCUAUUCCUGUGGGGAAACAGUGGAGCACUUAGAGGAGAGCACAGCCUUCCGCUAUCUGGCCCAGUACUAUUUUAAGUGCAAGCUGUGGGAUGAAGCUUCAACUUGUGCCCAAAAAUGUUGUGCAUUCAAUGAUACCCGGGAAGAAGGUAAGGCCUUGCUCCGCCAGAUCCUACAGCUUCGGAACCAGGGGGAGACGCCCACCACUGACACGCCGGGUACCUUUUUCCUCCCUGCCUCACUGUCUGCAAACAACACUCCUACACGCAGAGUUUCUCCACUCAACCUGUCUUCAAUCACACCGUAGUUGGCUCGUCAGCACAUUGCUAGACCAGUAUUAAACUUUACCUCCAGUAAAGAACAGCCACAUCUGUUCUCCAAGGACCUGAGUUCUUCUCAUUUUUAGACAGAAACAGCCUGGGAGAUAGCCUAUGGAACCACCUUGAGAGGCAGACAGAAAUAUGGCAAGGGACAGAUAAUGUCUUCUGCCAGCCAGCAAGUCUCCUUUCUAUUCAGAAUGGCAGGUCUUGGCCUUCCCAUAGUGUCUCCACACCUUGACCCCCACUUGACUUUACAGCACUAUACUAAGAAAGGGAAGGGAGUAAAAAUUACCAUGCUUCUGUUCCGGUAGUAGGGAGGUCAGCUUUGAACAAUAAUGGCUCUUUUAAGACAGGGUUUCUCUGUGUAGCCUAGGCUGGUGUCUCCCUGCCUCUGCCUCUCUAAUGAUAGGACUACAGGCAUGCCAUGAGGCCUGGCUAGAAUAACUUUUAUUUUGCUGAGUGUCCUCUAUUCUCAUAUCAGAGAUUAGGUUUUAAUAAGAGUGGAGCUAUCCAUAUGACCUUUGGGAGUUUUCAAAGGGAGUCUCCUAAAACCUUUCAAGUGGGGAUCUGAAUGAGCAUGAACUGUGGCUCAUAAACUGUUCCAUGAUGGAAACACAAGGAGACAAGAUCACAGAUAACUUCGUGGACAUUUAAAAGUAAUUUUUUUUUACUUCAGAUAUUAAGUUUUUAUGCUGGUAUCUUUUAGUAAAUGCUUGAUGUAAUCAUUUAUUUUGUUUUUAAUCUCUAAAAGAAUACUUGGUUUCCAACCUUACCUACAAGGUUGAGGGAAUCCUGUGUUCUUGUUGAGUUUUGAGUACCCUUUGAUGCUGUGAUGAGUUUGCAGAAGAUGCUAUAGAUCAUUCUGUUUAGGAUCUAGCCUUCCUCUUGUAUGUAGAACAUUUUUAUUCCCCUUUUAAAUGUAUGAAACAUUAGCUAAGUGUGGUGGCACACAUCUUUAAUCCUAAUAUUUUGGAGACAGAGGUGGCGGACAGAUAUUUUGAGGCUAGCCUAUAUACAGCAAGGUCCAGGCCAGACCUAAAACCUACAAACUUUAAAACAACCCAAAACAAGAAUACCCCUUGCCAUUGUAUUCAUCUGUAGUGUAUAUUAGGCUGGUUUCCAUUGCUGUUACUGUCUAAGGGUCCAGUGGAUUAGAUGGUAUUUAUAUCACUUUUCUGUGCCCCUUUUUAUAUUUUUCUAAGUUUGGAAUCCAAAUAAAAAGCAUAAACAGUA